GACGGAGGUUGCCGAUGACGACUUGGUUUGAGCAGAGUCGGAAGCCCGAAUCAGCAGGAUGUGGACGGUCUCGACGAUAAUCUCUUUGCUCGCCGCACUAAUUCCUGUUGCUGCCAUCGUCUAUCAAUUCCGCAACCCACCAUCCGUUGCUUCAACCGACGCCGAAAAAGAGGAGGAAGACGAAAAGCCUAAGACCAUCAUGCAGCCAGCACGAACCGAUCUCGCACCUCCGAAAGAUGAUCCUUUCACAUUGGAGCAGUUGAGGGAGUUUGAUGGAUCCUCUACGGAUAAACCAAUCUACGUUGCCAUUAAAGGCACUGUAUUCGAUGUGUCUCAUAAACGAGAAACCUAUGGGCCUGGUGCAUCAUACAACCUGUUCGCUGGGAAGGAUGCGUCGAAGGCGUUGGGCAUGUCGAGUCUCAAGGAGGAGGACGCGACUCCCGAUUAUAGCACAUUACCAGAGGCAGAGAUGAAAGUCCUGAACGAUUGGCACGACUUCUUCUCGAAACGGUAUAACGUUGUUGGAAAGGUCAUUGACCUACCGAUUGCAGUCGCGAAUCUGUAGCUUACGCCAUCCGUCUCAAACGCUGAUAUUCUGUACUUAUUGUUCGGCCGGAUAUAUCCACUUUGCAUCCUCACUUCGCUGGCGGCCUCAUAAUAUUCCCCAGUCAUUCAUGCGAUACUGCCGUCGUCUUACACUUUAGCGCUAUUCUCAAGCCACGUACGGUCAUGGGAAUGUGGCUCGAGGCUCACGUGUCUGAACAGAUGAGUAAUACAGAGUAAAAUGAAUACUUCGUAAAGUCACUGACAUGGAGAGAUGGAGUGGGUAGGAUUAGGGAUAUAUUUGGGACUAUCUUGAUUUAGGCAAACCGUCGAGGUUGAACACAGGUGCACCACAUACCUACAUGCACGCCCUCGUUCGAUUCAAGGAGCCAUUCGAAGAGAGGAAGGAAUGUCCUCUACCCACAGUAGAAGAGAGACUGUCGGUGUUGGAAGCUAGGCCAUAGAUUCCAAAUUAGUGCACUUGCAACAGGACAUGGCUAAAGGAUUUGAUGGCCUGCUCAAGACGAGGGAGAAGGAAACAUUUAGAUUCGAAUGCGUUAUUCAGUAAAGUAUGGGCCUGCAUCUCGAUUCUUUCAUGGAUGAUCGAGACGAUGGGAUUGGUCUAGUCUAAAGUGAAUGUAUGCAGUCCGGGUUGUAGUUCGAGACACAACACAUACAUCAAGUAGGGUUUGGGCAGUCGACAGUGUGUUAGUCAAGUCUAAGCGAUAUGGAUAUACUUGGAAUCC